AUGGACGCACUCAAGAAAGCCGUCAACUUCGUCCUCCCGCCCGCCGAAAAGGGCGAGGACGGGCGCGAUCAAUGGGGCUCGCGCUGGGCCUUUAUCAUGGCGGCCAUGGGCGGCGCCGUCGGGCUGGGUAACCUGCUGCGCUUCCCGUCCAUCGUCUUCAACAACCACGGCCUGCAGUUCUUCAUCCCCUACCUGAUGGGGUUGGCGCUUCUUGCCAUCCCGAUCCUCAUGCUCGAGAUGGCCGUCGGCCAGGCCUUCCGCGGCGGCUGCGUGCUGGCCUGGCACAACCUCAACAAGCGCGCCAAGGGAGGCGGCUGGUCCGUCGCCUUUAGCGGCUAUGUCAUCGCCACCUACUACGUGCCCCUGAUCGCCUGGGUCAUGCACUACUUUCGCGUCUCCUUCAUCAGCCCGCUGCCGUGGACGGGCCGCGUCAAGGAGUUCUUUAGCGACGUCGUGGUCGCCAACGUCGAGGCCGAGCCCGGCUGGCUCAACCCGGACGGCUCGGUCGCGCGGUACAAGUCGUAUCCCGGCACCGGCAUGGUGGGCGAGACGGUGGCCUGGACGACCUUUACGUGGUUCGUCGUGUGGCUCUGCAGCUUCAAGGGCGCGGGCUUGAUCGGGCGCGUCAUCUACGUCACCAUGGCGCUGCCCCUGAUCCUGAUCGUCAUCCUCAUCGGGCGGUCCGUGUCGCUGCCCAACGCCGUCGACGGCGUGCGGCUGUACUUUGCCACCUGGCGCGGCGAGACCCUGGCCGACGCCACCAUCUGGCAGGAGGCGACGGGCCAGAUCUUCUUCAGCGUCGGCAUCGGCAUGGGCUACUUCACGUCGUACGCGUCGUACAACGCAAAGUACGCCAACACGGUCCAGGACGCCCUCAUCGUGUCCCUCUGCAACUCGGCCAUCGAGAUCGUCGGCGCCUUUGCCGUCUUUGGCAUCGUCGGCUUCCUGGGCCUGGUGCCGAGCGACGAGGAGCGCCUCAGCACCUUCACCAGCGGCUUCAUCACCUACCCCGAGGCCCUGGCGCAGAUGCCCGGGUCCAACUUCUUCGCCGUCGUCUUCUUCUUCACGCUCUUCCUGCUGGGCCUGACGUCCACAUUUGCCCUGCUCGAGGGCGUCGUCGCCAUCAUCUGCGACACCGAGUUCGGCCGCAGGCUCUCGCGCCCGUGGUGGUCCACCAUCGUCACCGUCGUGUCGUUCCUCAUCUCGCUCAUGUUUUGCACCGAGUUCGGCUACGGGCUGCUCGACGCCGUCGACACCUACGUCAACUACCUCGCCCUCUUCUUCGUCACCUGGUCCGAGUGCUUCGCCGCCACGACGCUGUACAGGUACAAGGACGUCGUCAACCAGGUGGGCCUGGCCCCCAUGCUCGCGUACAACGGCGGCUACGUCCUCGCCCAGGUCUUCGGCGUGGUGGUCGGCCACAUGGUGCACCCGGGCGUGGGGGCCGGCUUCGGCUUUGGCCUGCUGCUGCUGGCGACCACCAUGGCCGUCUUUUUGGCCAAGGACCCCGAUGUGUCCCCCCCGGGCGUCUUUGCCGGCAACAGGUUUGUUCGGCGGUUCUGGUGGAUGGCCUUUUACUCGGGCAACCAACUCACCCGAGACCUCAACGGCGUCGUCGGCACGGGCAAGAACUGGAAGAUCCCCAGCUUCUGGGCACCGCUGCUCAAGUACAUGACGUCCCCGGUCCUGCUGAUGCUGCUGAGCCUGGCCUACCCGCUCUUCAUCUCCAAGCGGACCGACCCGCAGCAGAUCUUUGCCUUUUCCUUCAUGCACAUCGUCAUGGUCGUCACCGUCUCCGUGUUUGUCUACCCGAGGUACUUCAACGUCUUUGUCAAGCGUGAGGCGCGUGGCGCUGGAGAUCAACCGGUCGCCCCCGGCGUCACCAUGGACACAUACACGGCCGACAUUGAAGGCACCGGGGUUAUGGCCGGGCCCGAUGAGAAUAGGGAGCUGGGAGGAAGUUCGAGCAAGGAGCAGGUUGACGUGGAUAGGAAAUAAAUCUAGGGAAGGCUAGGGGAUAUGAUGCAGGUUUGCGGGGCGAGCGGGGUUUAAAUGGUGAGGACGUCAUAUGGGGAGGCUUGGCCGCUUAUUUGGUGGUGCUUCGAGUGCCCGACUACACCUCCCGUCCUGCAUUCAUCUAUAAAUAUCAUGCAUAACCCAGCCCGCCCCUUUUUCCAUUCCCG